AUGAACCGAGAGGCUGCCCCACUAUUAUCCAACGGCUCGGUGUCUCACCAUGAGAAACCCACAAUGACUCAUUCUUUCAAGGCCUUCAUUACCUCGUCAAAGUUCAACGUGCUUCUAGUCUUUGUCCCUAUUGCUCUCGCCUUUUCAUUCACCGGUGCUUCCUCUACGCUCGUUUUCUCUCUCAACUUUAUGGCUAUCAUGCCUUUGGCCAAGUUGCUCGGCUUUGCAACCGAGGAACUGGCUUUGAUGAGUGGUCCUACCAUUGGUGCCUUGCUCAAUGCUACAUUCGGUAACGUUGUUGAGCUUAUUCUCGGUGUGAUUGCUCUCAAGGAUGGCAUGAUUCGUGUUGUUCAAGCCUCUGUGAUGGGUUCUAUCCUGUCCAACAUUCUUUUGGUACUUGGCUUUUGCUUUUUGCUUGGCGGCCUUGGUCGUGUAGGUCAACAAUUCAGCAUGACUGCUGCACAAACUUCGUCAUCCCUUCUUGCCUUGACCACCAUGUCGCUUCUUGUGCCUGCCGCUUUCAGUGCCACCACCUCUGAUGACAAGGAUGCCGAAAUUGGUAUUCUUAACCUUAGCCAUGGUACCGCCCUCGUGCUCUUGGUUGUUUAUGGUCUCUCUCUUUACUUCCAACUCAAGACCCACCGUGCUCUUUAUGACCAAGUCGAAGGUGAAGAAGAUGAAGAGGAAGAAGAACCCCAAACUAGCAUGCUUUUCUCUGUUCUCUCGCUCGUUGCUGUCGCUGGUCUCGUUUCCGUCCAUGCUGAUUUCCUUGUUGGAGCCAUCGAAGGUGUUGUCGAAAAGUGGCAGAUCAACGAAACCUUUGUUGGUGUCAUUCUCUUGCCUAUCGUCGGAAAUGCUGCAGAGCACGUGAGCGCUGUUACCUUUGCCAUGAAGAACAAGAUGAACUUGAGUAUCAACAUUGCCAUUUCCUCUUCUUUGCAAAUUGGUUUGUUUGUUACACCCGUUCUUGUGAUUGCUGGAUGGAUCUUUGGUCAACCCAUGACAUUGUUCUUUGAAAACUUUGAGACUGUCAUCCUCUUUGCCAGCGUUCUCAUUGUCAACUACUUGAUUCAAGAUGGCGUGUCCAACUGGCUUGAAGGCACUUUGUUAUUGGCCUCUUAUACCAUUAUUGCCCUUGCCUUCUGGUUCCACCCUGUUUAA